AUGUUUCGCCGGCGCAGCACCAAAAAGGGCCUGCGGGCUGCCGAGGCAGCGGCUGCGGCCAAUGCAGCUUCAGAUAACAUCGAUGACAAUGACACUAUCACCCAAACUUCCCUGUCCCGCAAGCCCACCAAGAAGAAAGGUGUGAUGCGUCGAGUCUUCAGUUUCAAGCGCAACACCUCUGCAUCAAACUUCCACGCUGAAGCCGGCGAGAGCGAAGAUGCAAACGAUAUUUUCCCAGAGAUGGUUGUGGGCCAUGCCACGGACUUGGGUUUCAAUCACCCCGACAACGAGGAUCGCUGCAAUGUCAUCCUCGACCUCUUUACGGACGCUCCCCAAGAGGAGGCCAAGUAUGUUGGUACCUCCGAUCGACGUCUUGCCGUGUUCACGGUUUUCGAUGGCCACGGUGGCAAAACUUGCUCAGAUGUGCGUUGCUUUCGUCCCUCGCAUAUCUAG